AUUGUCCGACUCCUUUCCCCAUUCCGUCCAGUUCGAUCGGCAAAGGGAGCGGAGAGAAAAGAAAGCUGAGAGCCAGAAGGCAGCAGCCCCCACCACCAAGCCGGCCCAGGUUACCAUCUAGCACCGGGAAAAACAUACUAGAAAAGAGCCACCAGCCGGCAUAAGUCUCUUUUACCACCCCGAAACCAUCAUGAGCAGCGAGGCCGAGACACAACAGGCGUCCCAGCCAUCAGCCGAUGAGGAAAGCCCAUCCAGCCCGGCAGCUGCCUCAGCUACCGCGGGGGACAAGAAGGUCAUCGCAACAAAAGUCUUGGGGACAGUCAAGUGGUUCAACGUUCGCAACGGCUACGGUUUCAUCAACAGGAAUGACACAAAAGAAGACGUAUUUGUCCACCAGACUGCCAUCAAGAAGAACAACCCAAGGAAGUACCUCCGCAGCGUGGGGGAUGGGGAGACUGUGGAGUUUGACGUGGUCGAGGGGGAGAAGGGUGCGGAGGCGGCCAAUGUGACGGGUCCCGGUGGCGUUCCAGUGCAGGGCAGCAAGUACGCAGCAGACCGCAACCGCUACCGCCGCUACCCCCGCAGGAGAGGGCCCCCCCGAGACUACCAGGACUCCUUCCAGAGUGAUGGGGAGGGUGAGGUGCGUGAGAAGCGUGAGGGGGGUAACGACAGCGCCCCUGAGGGAGGGGAGGGGGGUCAGGGGGGGCAGCAGCGUCGCAGCUCCUUCCCCGGCCGCCGCAGGCAGUACCCCCCCUACUUCGUACGCCGCCGCUACGGACGCCGCCCGCCCUACACCAACGCCCCCCGAGGGGAGAUGACCGAGGGCGGUGAGGGAGAUGAGGUCCAAGGUGGCCAGGACCCAGGAAACAAAGCAGUCAGACAGAACUACAACUACAGAGGCUUCAGGCCCCGAUUCAGACCCAGGGGUGGUCCUCCCCGUGCCGGCCCUCCGCGUGCUAGAGAGGGGGGUAGAGAAGGGGGUAGAGAGGGGGGCGAGGAGGAUAAGGAGAACCAGGGCGACGGCGCCCAGAGUCAGGAACCUCGCCAGCGCCGCUACCGCCGCAACUUCAACUACCGCCGCAGACGGCCCCAGAGCGGCAGCAGCAGCGGUGGCCCCCCCGAGGGCGCCAAGGAGGGCAAGGAGCCCCGAGCUGACGCCCCCAAGGACAAAGCCCCCGCCCCCCAGGCCGAGCAGCCCGCCUCCGCCGAAUAACACCCACCCACAUGUACACACACACACACUCACCGGCGCAACACCGAAACAACUCCGGUGACGUCAUCAUCAAGAAGAAACAUCUAAGAUGUGAGCAAUAAGAGCCAGAUUUGACUUGACGAUCGUCUAAGCUUGCAACUCGCAUUUGACCAGACUCCCACAGAUUGCCUGCAGGACCUAUGCAGACCCCCCUCCCCUCCCCUCCUCCUCUCCUCUCCUCCCUCGUUCUUUUUACGUGACAGACAGCGCCCCUCCCUCCACGCUGGGGACUCCGCAGCUGCUUUUCUAAAUCGGUCUUAAGUUUUUACACCAAAUGGUUUUUAAAGAAGAAAAAAAAAAGUAAUUUGAUAUCUGGUCAGUUUGACAUUUUUAAAUAACUUUUUAUGUAUUCAAACAUGAAUUUUGACAAAAAGGCAAGCUCAAAUAAAAGUCAAAGACGAACUUUA